AUGGCAUGGGCCCGCGACUACUUGACGCUGGGGCUGCUGAUAGCCUUGUUCGUGACGGAGGCAUCGCUCAACGCCGACCCCAGCCUGGCGGGCAAGGAGCCUGACCUGGUGGCGGAGUUUGAGGCGGCGCCCUGGCUGCUGCCGCCGCGGUGCGAUGCGCUGCCGUAUGCGGGGGUGCGUGACCUGGACCGCCUGCUGCAGCUGCGGGCAGUGGCGGCGGGAGGGCACCCCAAGACCAUCACCCUCAUCCCGUACUCACUGCUGUUUGUCGACAUGCUGCAAAACGCAAUCUACUCCAUGGUCAAGUUUGGUCGGGUGCGCAACUACAUUGUGCUGGCAUGGUCCCCACGUGACCUCGACUCAUGCGCCGACCUCAACCUGCCCUGCGCCGAUGCCACCCGCUUCCUGCCCACCCCGCUGGACAACGGCCCAGAUGCCGGCCACUUUGGCACGCAUGACUACCUGUCCAUCGUCUGGCUGAAGCCGGCUGUGACGUUGUACACACUGCAGCAGGGCUACGUGACGUUUAUGACGGAUGCCGACGUGUCGUACGCCAACAAACCCGUGCUGGAGAGCUUUCUGGAGCUGCUGGCGGUGUCCAAGGCAGAUGCCGCUUUCCAGGCGGAGGGGCCUUUGAACACUGGGGUGUAUGCGAUCCUGGCCAACCCCGCUGGCAUCGCUCUUGCCCAAAAGUGGGCCGAUGGCACGCCUGCUGCGCUGAAUGAGAGCCGGAACGACAACCAGGCACUCGCCCACCUCAAUGGGCAGAUCGAGAACUCCAAGCAGACGAUGGCGCUGAUGCGCCUGUUCAACCCCGCCCACUUCCCCUACUCCCCAGACUACUAUGCCUUCAUAGACAUGGACUACAUCCCCCGGAUAGACCCCUGCGACUGGACCGCGCUGUUUGUCCACAUGGUGUCUGUCUUCAAGGAGAACAAGCGAGAGGGCCUGCGGCGCAUGGGGUGGUGGUAUCUGGACUCCGACACGGGCCGGCCGUGCGCGCCGCGCCAGGGUGGCGCCAACGCCGUGCCCAUCUGCCAGCCGCGGCAGUGGCGCCUGCCAGACACCGAGCAGCGGCUGUACAACUGCGGCGGGCCGCUGGGGCCGUUGGGGCUGGUGCACCCGGGAGAGCGGGCAAAGCAUGUGCCCCACCACCCUCCGUAA